AUGUUCCACGUCGACAAAUCUGGCGUCCGCGGCGUCGAGGGUGUGACGCUGCGGGAGACGGAUCAGCGGACGCGGUUCUGGUGGCACUACCCCGGCUUGCGAUCGCUGAACCUUUUGCUGCUGGGCUGUAUCGUCUGCGACAUGACCAACGGCUACGACGGCUCUAUGCUCAGCGGCCUGCAGAUCAUCGACCGGUGGGAGGAUGCGCUGGGCAAUCCGGCGGGCACGCGCCUGGGUACCAUCACCAACGGCACCCGCUAUGGGCAGCUCGGAGCGCUCCUCAUCGCGGCGCCUAUGAUGCAGCGGCUGGGUCGACGAGUCCCCAUUAUGAUCGGGUCAUGCAUCCUGCUGGUCGGCGUCGCGCUGCAGGCCGCGUCGGUCGGCUACGACAUGUUCGUCGUGUCGCGCGUACUCAUCGGCUUCGGAAACACAAUCCAGAACACGGCGUGUCCCAUCCUGGCCGCCGAGCUGGCUCACCCCUUCCAGCGCACCCAAAUCAUCGGCAUCCAGAACUCGACCGGCUCGCUCGGCCAGAUCAUGGCCGCCUGGAUUACCUAUGGCACUUCCUUCAUGGCGUCCUCGUGGUCCUGGCGCCUGCCUUCGCUGCUGCAGGCCGUGUCAUCCGUCUUCCAACUUGUCAUGAUGUUCUUCACGCCCGAGAGCCCGCGCUGGCUCGUGCACAAAGGCAGGCGCGACGAGGCGUACCGGAUCCUAGCCCGGUACCACGCCGAGGGUGACGAAUCGUCGCGGCUACUGCAAUUAGAGAUGGUUGAGAUCGAGGCAGCCAUCGAGGCGGAGCGGGUGCAGGCGCUGACGUCGUGGAUGGAGUGGUUCCGUACACCGGCCAACCGGUACCGCCUAUUCAUUAUCGUCACGUCCGGGUUCAUCAUCCAGUGGUGCGGCAACGCGCUCAUCACAUAUUACAUCCAUCUCGUCUUUGAGUCGAUCGGUAUCACGAGCUCCAAGACGCAACUGCUGAUCAACGGCGGCAUUACCAUCAGCGGCUGGGUGUGGGGCAACACGUGGUCGCUGCUGGUCGACAAGAUGGGACGGCGACCGAUGUGGCUGAUCGGCAUGUCGGGCAUGUUCGUCGCCUUUUUGAUGAUCACCGUCUUCACCGGCGUCAACACGGGUAUUGGCUACACCAACGCGGGACUAGGCAACGCCACAAUUUUUGCCAUCUUCCUUUUCGGCCUCUUCUACAAGAUGCCUGGCUGCAUGGUCCCCUCGUACGUCGCCGAGGUCUCGCCCUUCGACCUCCGCGCUAAGGCGUUCGUCAUCAAUGGCUUCGGCGACGCAGCCGCCAACAUUUUCAGCGGGUACACCAACCCGGUCGGCCUCGGGGCCAUUGGGUGGAAGUACUACAUCGUCUGGUGCUGCAUCCUGGUCAGCAACUUCACCAUUAUCUACUUUUUCUAUCCGGAGACUAAGAAUCUCAGUCUCGAGGAGGUCGGCCAACUUUUCGACGGCCCGUCGAAGGCGAUGGAGGCUAAGCUGGCGCAUGAGGGGGCCGAGGAGAAGGAGAUACCGGUAGUGACGAUGGUCGAGUGA